ACUUUAUUCAGAGAUUCCUGCCCCGGGAGCUCCAGAUUGUCACACGCUUGCACCACAGGAACAUCAUCCGUGUGCACAAGAUACUGGAAUCCGCAGAGGGGAAGAUCUGCCUUGUGAUGGAGCUGGUGGACAGGGACAUCUUUGACUACGUGCUCCACAAGGGUCCCCUGCCAGAGCGCCACGCCAGGGCACUCUUCCGCCAGCUGGUAGAGGCCAUCCGGUACUGCCACGCCAACAGGGUGGUCCACCGGGACCUCAAAUGUGAGAAUGUCCUGCUGCAGGGCCACACCUUGAAGCUGGCAGAUUUUGGCUUCGCCAAGCUGCUCCCCAGGGACCGCAGGGAGCUGAGCCGGACCUUCUGCGGCAGCGUAGCCUACGCGGCACCCGAGGUGCUGCAUGGUGUGCCCCACGAGAGCCAGAAGAGUGAUGUCUGGAGCAUGGGUGUCAUCCUCUACGUCCUGCUCUGCGCCCGCCUGCCCUUCGACAACACCAACAUCCCCAAGAUGCUGCGCCAGCAGCAGAAAGGUGUCUCUGUCCCUCGGCACCUGGGGAUCUCCAAGGAGUGCCAGAACCUCCUGAGAAUGCUCCUGGAACCCAACAUAGCCCUGAGACCCUCCAUCGAUGUGGUCAGCAGGCACCCAUGGCUGAAUAACCCGAGAACGACUCGCCCACCUCCCCCUGAACGGAACAGAUUGUUUCUAAAAUUACAAUAA